AUGGCGGAUUGGGCUCGAGCUCAGAGCCCGGGGCCCGUGGAUGACAUCCUGGACCGGGAGAACAAGCGGAUGGCAGAACACCUGGCCUCCAAGGUCACCCGCCUCAAAUCGUUGGCCCUGGACAUCGACAGGGAUGCAGAGGACCAGAACCGCUACCUGGACAGUGUGGACUCGGAUUUCUCAAGUGUGACGGGCCUGCUCACUGGGAGCGUGAAGCGCUUCUCCACAAUGGCGCGGUCUGGGCAUGACAAUCGGCGGCUCCUGUGUGGCGUGGCCUUGGGCCUGCUCGUGGUCUUCUUCAUCCUAUCCUACCUCCUGUCGAGGACAAGGACGUGA